ACAAAAAAAAAGGACCGGCGUGUAAUAAACGUGUUAAAAAAAGAAAGAAAAAAAAAAAAGCUGAUUUGGUUUCGAUCCCAGAUAUCUCGCCUUUAUUAUCCCCGGCAUCGUAUUGCUCUUCAGAUCACUUUCCAGGAUCUGGAAGAUCAUCUCCUAUUGAUACAACUGCUUGGCGGUCUCCAGUCGAUGCUUUCUUGGCAAUGCAUACUCCAGUCACAGUGCCAAGCACGACACCCCCUUUACUAGGUAGCUCAUACUCAUCCACAUCUUCUGCCAUGGACACUCCUCCUUCACAUAAUGCUGACAUAAAGACCUUGAUUGAAGCCUCUCCUUUUAUGACACCGUCACCGAUUGAACAACAAGAGGAUUUGGUCUUACCUAUCCAUGCAUUUCGAAACGGAAGUCCCAACGCCACAAUCACAAGCCCCAUCUCACCAACGUUUUCUUUCACCGAGGAUAACAAUAGCGUAGCAGAUCUCUUUCAUCGAUUUAACAUCAUGGAAGCUCAAGAACCCGUUUCACCCGUUCAAUUUAAGGACAAGUACGAACCGGUUAUUCCUAAUUUUGAUUUUGACCCUAUUCCCAUGCCUAGCCACAACAGCUUGGGAUUACCCACUCUUCAUAUUCCCCGACGCAGCUCGUCUCCUUGCCUUAAUGGCGCGGACAUUGACGAUAUUGUAUCCCCGACUAUCACUGUCACGCCAGCCGGUUCGGACGAUGGUCACGUUUCUGACCAUGGCAUAGCUUCGGCGCCUAUACCGGGCAUACCUUCCAAUUUGGCGCAUUACAAAUCUGCCUCAAGAGGUAGUGCCAAAAGACACCAACGCUCCCACUCUGCUAAUUCCCUACAGACCAUCCUCGGUCACUCUCCCCCCAUGCCGGCGGUGAGCACGAGUAGCGGCAGCUCUCGGGGAGGAAAGCAGACCCAGCGUCAAUCAAUACGACGCAACUCAUCCAGUUCUUCUCGACCGUUUAUUUGCCGUUACUGCGAUUUUGCUUUCACUCGCGAAUGGAAUCGAAAAACCCACGAACGACUUCAUGACCCUAACUUUGUCCCAGAACAUCAAUGUAACUUUUGCGAUAAACGCUUCAUGCGAAAACACGAUUGUCUACGUCAUAUGUCUUCCGUUCACCGUGAUGAAGGCCAUUAAUCCCCAAUCGGAAAAGAAAAAAAAUAUCUUCCACCUCCCCUUACGUCCUUAUGCUCGUUGUACAAUAAUAACUAAUGAUAGAUUCUUCUACCUCUUGGCUUUACAUAAUUUUCACCCUUCGCCGCCUUCUAAGCACUUACAUGUAAAUCACAGGCAUUCUGUUUGCCUUUCCCCCAUUUGUUUCAUAUAUUUUUUCUCCCAAAUUUCUGUAAGUAAACAGUAUUUAAGCAUGGCCAAAUAUAUGA